AUGAAGGCUCGUAGCGCUCCUUUUUUCAAUGUUUUACUACUCAGAAAACUUUUCCUUCCAGAGGUGCUGUCUUUUGUCUCAAUCGACAUGUCAUCGCUCUCCGACAAACCAAUGAUAAGUGAUUUGUCCGUGUACCCCGUUGAACCUUUGCUGUGUUUGGUUUAUCGAAAAAGCCGCAAUUCCAUUCUUUUUUCGAUGAUGCCCUCAUGUUUGGUUGGUUAUGUGUCUGUGCUGCACAAUGUAAAUCUGCUACCCUAA